CGACAGUAUGUGCAGUGCAUCGAUCUUCCUUCCUCGAUGCCCCAAUACAAUGUUUCAGAAGAACCUGCUGCCCCUGGCCGCAGUCCUCGCCGUCGUCGCAUCGCUCAUGGCCGCUGCCGCCGGUUACCCGUGGUCAGUGUGCGGUGACAGCACCGACAGCAGCGACUUUAUGCCUAACGGCAGAUACCAGGCCCAUCUCGACUUCAUCGCAGCUGCCUUGCCCAAGAACGCCUCCAAGUCGCCAUACCUCUUCGCAACCGUCGUCGCCGGCACCGUCCCGGACCAGGUCUGGGCCGUGGGGCUCUGCCGCGGCGACGCCAAGCCCACGGCGUGCUUCACCUGCCUCACCCUGGCCUUCCAGGACCUGCCCGGCUACUGCACCUACGCCAAGGACGCCAGCAUCUACUACGACCGCUGCAUGGUCCACUACUCCGACGUGCACACACUCUCCGGCGACGACGACACCGGCCCGAUGAUGGACAGGUACGCCAUCGGCGACACCCAAACCAUCGCAUCGGACCCCGGCCGGUUCGUCCUCCUCGUGGCGGCGCUCGUGAACGCCACCGCCGACUACGCCGCGUACGGCUCCGGCUCCGCCGCCCGCCGGGGGUUUGCGACAGGCGAAGCCGACGCAGGCUUCGACCCGGAGUUCCCCAAGCUCUACGCCCUGGCCCAGUGCAUGCCGGGCCAGACGCCGGCGCUGUGCCGGGAGUGCCUCUCCAGGCUCAUAUCGCAGUCGCUGGACGGAUUCCGGAACAGUAUCGGAGGCAGGGUGCUCGCCGUCAGCUGCACCUACAGGUACGAGAGUGCGCCUUUCUAUGAUGGACCGGCGAUGGUACGGCUGGCACCACCAAGCUCUGGAGCGCCGGCGCCGGCGCCGGCUGUGAACUUUCGGGUUCCUGCGGCGGACGGACGGAAGUACCAUGUGCCCUGGGUGGCUCUUGCCGUUGUGCUACCGGCUCUAGCAGCCUUGAACCUUGUCGCCUGCCUCUGUCUCCGCUUCCGGAGGCGGCGCCGGCGGCAACCAACUGCACCACGGGACAAGCAGCAAAAAGAUCCCGUGCAUUCCACCGAAGCAGAGGACAUCGAGAUGGUGGAGUCCAUGAUGAUGGACGUCUCCACCCUUCGAGCCGCCACAGGGGAUUUCGACGAGAGCAACAAGCUCGGCGAAGGCGGCUUUGGUGCUGUGUACAAGGGUGUCCUCCCGGAUGGCGAGGAGAUAGCGGUGAAGCGUCUGUCUAGCAGCUCGUCGCAGGGAGUGGAGGAGCUGAAGAACGAGCUCGCGCUGGUCGCCAAGCUGAAGCACAGGAACCUCGUCAGGCUCGUCGGCGUCUGCCUGGAGCAGCAGGAGCGGCUGCUGGUCUACGAGUUCGUCCCCAACCGGAGCCUCGACCUGGCACUCUUCGGUGCUGAUGGACGUGAACAGCCGCCGCUGGAGCUGGACUGGGGGCAGAGGUACAGGAUCAUCAACGGCAUCGCUCGGGGCCUGCAGUACCUCCACGAGGACUCCCGGCUCAGGGUGGUGCACCGCGAUCUCAAGGCCAGCAACGUCCUCCUUGACAAGAACAUGAACCCCAAGAUCUCGGACUUCGGCCUGGCCAGGAUCUUUGGCCGAGACCAGACGCAGGCCGUCACCAGCCGCGUCGUGGGCACCUAUGGGUACAUGGCACCGGAGUACAUGAUGCGGGGGAACUACUCCGUGAAGUCGGACGCGUUUAGCUUCGGCGUCAUGGUGCUGGAGAUCGUAACGGGUCGGAAGAACAGCAACGAUGGCUGCGAUCUCUUGACCACGGUAAGUACAACGAUAACACCUGCAGAAGAAUGGAUGCUGGCUGCCUCACGCUCGCUACAAAUCCAUGAGCAGGUAUGGAUGCACUGGGAGGCCGGGACGGUGGCGGAGCUGGUCGAACCGACGAGCAUGGGCGGCAGUUUCCCGGAGGGCGACGUGCUGAGGUGCAUCCACAUCGGCCUCUUGUGCGUCCAGCCAGACCCUGCGGCCCGACCAGUGAUGUCGUCGGUCGUCACGAUGCUCGGCAGCGACACGGUCACCCUCCAGGCUCCGUCCAAGCCGGGAUUCUUCGCCAGGAACAACAGCGCCUACACAACCGUGUCGACAGUGCCGGUGGAUGCUUAGCCUGGCCAUAGGACUGAGAGACCGUAUCCAGUGCACAUGGUUUGAUGGUGCACAAAAUACACAUAUUAAAUCCUGCUCUUUCAUGUAACAUCCAAUGGCUCACACGUAUCUCACCUCUCUCUCACUGCUUUUUGCUAAAAUCCCCUCCCAUCUCUCUCGUACCUGCUCUCUAUUAGUUUGCUAAAACCCCCUCUGCUCCAUCCUCGAUGGUUCUUCCUGGAGACCAAACAAACUGCACCGUCAGUCAGCUUCCCUUGCU